AACUAGGAAUUGGUUUUGGUACACAUCCUGGAUAUUGCAAAAAGUGAAUGACUGGAGUUGCUUGACAUUCAUCAACGCCUAUAAUAGCUUUUGUUGUUUCGCUUAGCAGACAUAUUAAUACACUGGCACCUACUACACACACACACGUAUAACGUGUAAGCAAUAACGAUCGAUUAGGAAUUCGUUACGAGGUAUGACCGCAAUGUAUUAUCGAUGAAGAAGCUGAAAAAGAAGUCGGAUAACGCGAGAGGCGGGCAAGCGAGCAAGACAGUAGGCGCGGCGAAUGCAAGCGGAGAUGCAUCACCCACUCGCGUGUGCAGAGAUUUUCUACGAAACGUGUGUCAUAGAGGCAAACGCUGCAAGUAUUUGCAUGAACGUUCCGAGGAUGACCCUGUAGAAGAGUACACGUUUUGCCAUGACUUUCAAAAUGGAAUGUGCAAUUGGCCUGGUUGCAAAUUCCUUCACUGCACAGAAAGCGAGGAGAAAAGAUUCCGAGCAACGGGGGAAUUACCUGCCCACAUCUUGAACAGGCUCAAAAACAACAAUGAAAAAUCGGAAUAUCCAAUGUGUAAAGAUUUCAUCAAGGGUAGCUGCCAAAGGACAAAUUGUAAAUUCAGACAUUGGAAGAGCGAAGAACCGCAGCAUAACUUAAUUGCAACAUCCCAUCACAAUGUGUCUAGGCCGCAACAUAAUUUUAACGGUACUAGCAAUGGUGAGAAUCGCAGAUACGAGGAGGAUAGAAAUUUUCAUUGGCAAAUGGAAGAUCAACACAACUUAGUCACAAAUAAUGGUUACAAUGCAUCUUCACAUCCACCUGAUUAUAUAGGACCUCCUGAACCAAAGAGGCGAAUAGUUUCUGGUGAAACUGUUGUUCAUUUUGAAGCUUCGCCACUCGUGGGUCAGCAUACUGCGCAACCGGUCACUCCAGGAUAUUAUUAUCCAGUAAUACCACGUAAUGAAGCUAGAGCAAUUGUUUUAGAAGAUGAAAAUGCAUUAUUGAGAAAGAAGAUAGAGGAAUUAAAAAAGCAAGUUAGCGAUCUAACAGCAACUAAUGAGUUUCUCUUGGAUCAAAAUGCUCAGUUGAGAAUGUCAGGGAAACGAACUGCAAAUGUAACGGCUGUUACAGUUCCAGCAGUUACUAUCACAAAUACUGUUCCACCAUCGCAAGCUCCGACACCUCAACAAAUGGUUAAUGCAGCGGUAGCUGCUGGCACUUUACGUACAGUUACUGCAAGUGUCGCGACCGUUCCUGUAAGUAUAGCCACAGUUGCACCUGUUUCCAUUGCAGCAGUUUCAAUGGCACCAGUAUCAAUCCCGCCACCCAUUGUUACGAUGGCCCAGCAAACGAUUACAAUGAGCGGUUCAGGUCCGCAGGCAACUAAUCAACAACCACCUAAUACGCAGCAACCUGCUAGCUUACCUCUCUCGAUAUCUGGUGCUACUGCACCGUUGGUUUCGUAUCCUAUUAUGACUCAAGAACUUAGGCCCGUAUUGCAGUAAGUAAAUUAUAGACACGAAAGGAACAUCAAAUAAUACCUCAAGCAUGUAAGCAAGUUAAGAAUGCUUUCUUUUGCAUUCAGUCUUUCAAGAUAAUAUUGUAUUUCUUGAAGUAUAAGUGAUGAAUGCG